GAUGGGAAAAAGGUAUUGGUUGAUCUACAACCGUGACAGACAAAUCCUAGGUCCUAGAAAACACCAACGAUUGUAAUCACGUAAUGAUUUAGACUCCACAAAGGGCAGACUAUCUUCCUGGGUGGUGUAGUCGAAAUGGUUAGAGAGCCAUGGCCAAAGAUGUGUGACGGGACUUGGGCUUGAAGGGAAAGCUUUUGAGCCUGUGGGUAUUUUUUGUGGAGAACAAAGGACAACAAUUGGCCAAGGUCAGGUGCGCUCACUCUCCUUUCUAAAAAAAGAGCUUUUUUCUCGAUGUCUCACGCCUCUGUCACUUCACUUUCACCUUUGCACUCACUCUUCGUCCUUGAACAAAACAAAACUCCUUCCCAUCUUUCAUCCCUCAUUCCAUUACACAUUCUUUUUCUUUUCUCUCUAUUUAAGUCUUGCAUCCUAAUUUUCAUUAAUAAAACAAAUAGUACACACUCCUGUCUUCUUUUCAAUAAAAAGGAAAAAAAAAAAAAAAAAAAAAAAAAAAAAAGAUUCAUGGCACCUUCAGCGUCUUGGUCGACGGCUGCUACUGGCCUUCUUCGACAGACUGUCAGGCGGCAGCAUCAGCCAUUAUUGUCAUUACAUCCAGCGCCCCUAUCAUUUAUUCAGCCUCCGUUCUCGUCGGGGUUAUCGCGGUCUUCACUAUCGUAUAAUUCAGUCCGCUGGGCUUCAAUUGUCCCGUUCACUAGCCAUGAACAUGCGUGUUAUUCACCCCCACCUCCGCCUAUGACAUCUGAGCAAGCUAAAGGAUAUCAACAACAAAAACAACGUCGGCAAGAACUUUUGAUGGAGGAACAGAUCGAAUUAGAACAACGCCAACGGAUGCGGCAGCAACAGGAACUUCAGUUAGAAUUGGCUAAACAUCGUAAUGCCAUUUUAGAACAACAACAAAGAGCUAAGCAGGAACAAGAACAACAACAACAACAACAACAACAACAACAACAACAACAGCAGCAGCAAGAAGCUCUGCAAAAGAAGAAAUGUGAUGAUAAUAACGCUAAUGAACAGCCUCAAGAAGGACUUCCAAAAUCUCUGAAUGAACACCAAGAGUCAGCUGAGCAAUUUCAAUAUGAAACCGACGCCACCUCAAGACGCCAAUAUAUUCCUGUACGACUUCGUUCCAUGUUUGGGUACCACAGACCGGAAAGUACAGCUGAAUCCGAGUUAACCCCUUCACUUCCUCCUACUAUUAAGCGGACUCGAUCCAUGAUACCAGCUGAGGAGAGAGUUCGUUUGACUUUGAUGGACUAUACGCCAAAGCAAAUCGAUGCCAUGACAAUUGAGCAAGCUAAUGCCAUCCUUGCAUCAUCAUCCGUCAAGUUAUCAACAAAGUUUGAACCUAAUAUCAAAUCGGAGCAGAAGCAAUUACAGGAGCAGGAUUGUCACCAGCAAGAACAGCAGCAGCAGGAUACAAAAAAAAACAAGGAUGAUCUCUUCGACUCCAAACAGCUGAUGAACCAAAUUGGUGUAACAUCGUCUUUAUCUUCCGCAUUGACGAACGAGUGUGAGGGUCAAUUGCUGCACAGUCCCGCAAUGCUUGUUGUAUCUGAUAUCAUUCCUGUCACCGAUACACAACCCUUAUUACAACAGCAGAAGCAACAACAGCAUGUUAAGGCUGCGACAUCAUCAACAUCACCCAACCCACGGCGGCGGCGGUCUUCUGGAAACACUUCUAGAGGUUCUUCCUCCUCAUCCUCAUCGACUCUGUGAUAGCUAUCGACCAUUUUCUGACACUCCUUCAGGAUCGUAUAUAGAGCCAAUUGUAUUGUUUUUAAAUUUUAAAGAUGUUAUUAUUUAAUGUAACAGGAUUUAAUCUCUUUUUACUCUAAAGCAAGUUUGAUUUAUCCAUUUCUCUUUUUUCGUU